CACUAGUCAAAGGCUUUGAUUUUUAACUAGAAAACAGGACUAAUGCCUGCAGAUUUCAAUGGUUAUUGGAAAAUGCUCAGCAAUGAGAAUUUUGAGGAGUAUUUGAAAGCUCUAGAUGUAAAUAUUGCAGUGAGAAAAAUAGCCAAUAUGCUCAAACCUGACAAAGAGAUAAUUCAGGAUGGAAACCAUAUGAUCAUUAAAACUCUGAGCAGUUUUAAAAACUACAUCAUGGAUUUUGAAAUAGGGAAGGAAUUUGAAGAGGAUUUAACAGGGGUGGAUGAUCGCAAAUGUAUGACUUGUGUGACAUGGGAUGGAGAUAAACUUCUUUGUGUGCAGAAAGGAGAAAAAGAAGACCGUGGCUGGACCCAAUGGAUUGAAGGAGAUGAAAUGCACUUAGAAAUUAGAGCUUGUGGUGUCAAGUGUAAGCAAGUAUUUAAGAAGGCACAGUGAUAAGCCAAACCACAGGGAUCAAGAAGCUUGGAUAGAAUGGAUGAACGUGCUGCCAACCGUACAGAUGUUGCUGGGCACAAACAUUCUUCUGUAACACCUAGAAAAGAGGUCAUGGCCCACAUCUAUCUGCAUCUAAUUUUCUUGCAAUAGAUAUCAUAAUAUAGAAAUCCACAUUAAAGUUGAU